AUGUCUAACAUUACACACCACGAAGUGACUUAUGCCAACGGCAUUAAAAAGAUUCAUUAUCUCGCCACUGGGCCAGUUGACGGCCCCCUCAUCCUCUUCAUCCACGGGUGGCCUGCUACUGGUAUCACCUGGAAAUCCCAGUUAGAAGCAUGCGCAUCUGUCGGCUUCCGGGCUAUUGCGCCCGACAUGCCCGGCUAUGGCCAGUCAACUGCUCGUCGUGAGGUCGACGACUACUGUAUAGAAGCCAUCGUUGAUGGUAUGAUCGCGUUGUUAGCCGACACAGGCCGUAAGGCCGCUGUCUGGGUUGGCCAUGACUGGGGUUCUGGUAUUGUCUCCGCUGUCGCGCUUCAACAUCCCGAGGUUGUUAAGGCAAUGGUGAAUAUGUGUGUACCCUUCUUGACACUCGAACUAGGAUGGGAUCCUCUCCUGUCACUAAUGAAUCGAGAGGUAUACCCGAUUGAUAAGUACGAAUUUGGACAGUUUGACUAUAUCAAGAACUGGGAGGAGAACUUUGAGAAGACCGCUGCAUGGUUUGAUAGCGAUAUUGCUGGAGUUUGCGCUAUAAUGUCGCAAAAGUCUAUCCCACAAAAAGAUCCCAAGCAUCCCAAUGAUUUGAUGGCCCUUGUACGCAAGAAUGGUGGUUGGUUAGGUGGAAUCCCUAAACCGCCAAGCGCGCAUCAACUUGGACCGGUCGCACUUCCAAGUGAUGUUUAUGAAUCAUUUGUUAGUGACAUGGAGAAGACAGGCUUUUGGCCUGGAUCGGCCUAUUAUCUGCAUCUUGAACGAAAUGCAAAAUAUAAUGCGAACUGUGAGAAGAAAGUGGACUUCCCUGUGCUGUUUAUGCAUGCUCUCUGGGAUGCAGUAUGUGAGACUAUCCAUUCACAAUUCCCGGAGCCUAUGCGACAGAAUUGUUCAAAUUUGACCGAGGCUAAAAUCGACGCCGCCCAUUUCUUGUAUUUUGAGAAGCCCAGAGAGGUUAAUGCCGUCUUGUUAAGAUGGUUGGCAGACCAGGUGCCGAGUGAGUGGCCUGGAGCGUUGGAAAGCGAGUACACCAAGGUCAAGUAA